CAUUUGUAUUACAGUCUGUGUUAAUGCUGCUCGUGUUUAAGAUUUUCCGUUAACUGUGACUGAAAUACGUUACUGUGUUUGGCGCGAAAUGUCUGCUUUUGUUAAUGUUGUUAUUCCCCAUAUAUCCAUGUUUAAAUAUUCCAAACUCAAAUUGACAGUGUUGUGAAGUGCUGCUUGAGAGGACUUUAAUCCUCAGAUAAAGUGAAGAUAGAGAAUCUGUGUUAGUUAUGUUCAAACCGGGUCAAUAUUGUCUUUAAAGUGUUUUAUAAAUGAUCUUAUAAAUAUGUUUCUGGAGUUAACCUGACUCCGUUCUGCAGACUGUGAUAUGUUAGAUGGUUAUUUAUAUCUGUAACUGAAUCCAUGAGUAUAUUGAAUGACAGAUUCCGUCCACACUGGAAUGUUGUGCGCGUGCUCGAGACCACAGAUGGUCCUGCGCGCUCCCCGAGCGUCUCCAGAACGCGCACAGCGUUCCAGUGUGAACCCGAGUCACUCCGAAUCCAGUGAGAACAGCAGUGUGUGUAUGUUGUGUUGUUUGGGGUGUGUUAUCUGGUGUAUAUGUGUUCUGUGCUGUUAAAUGUCUGUUUUCUCUGCCAUCUGGACCGAAUCUGAACCGUCUCAUCAUUAUAAACAUGAUGCUGGACUUCUUCAACUGGAUCUGCUGGAUCUUAAUGCACCUCUGCUCUUCCUGAACGUCCCAGAGCAGUCAGUGGCCCAAAGAGUCAUGACCAGACUGCCUUAAAACCCAGGAUUAUUACCAGAACACCUGAGACUCUGACCCAGACCCAUUCCAGACCACUUAAAGUUUGAUUUGAAAUGACGACAGAAACAGACAGCCAAUCAGAGCAGCAGGGAGCCAGUGCAGCUCCGCCCCAUUCGUCCCCGCCCCUCGACAGCCAGCUCCCUCCUGCCGCUGCUCACAGCACACCUGUUAGAAAAGAGCAGGGUGGAGAGCGAGAGGGGGGCGGAGUCCUGCAGGGAAAACCUGAUCACCAUCCGCCCGAGGACGACCGCACCUCGCACUGGUCGUCAUCCAGUAAAGUGAGUCGCUCUCCAGUGAAAGUGAGCUGGAAACCCAAAAACAUGCAGUGCAAAAUCAGUCUGCUGGACGGCUCUGAUUACACCUGUGUGGUGGAGAAGCGUGAUAAAGGGCAAGUUCUGUUGGAUAAAGUCUGUGAACAUCUCAACCUGCUGGAGAAGGAUUACUUCGGUGUCACAUUCCGUGAUGUCGAAAAUCAGAAGAACUGGUUGGAUCCGAUCAAAGACAUGAAGAAACAGAUCCGAGGAGUCACAUGGAAUUUCUCUUUCAAUGUGAAGUUUUAUCCUCCUGAGCCCGCGCUGCUCUCUGAAGAUAUUACACGAUAUUACCUGUGUUUACAGUUGCGGGAUGAUAUCGUGUCGGGUCGUCUGCCGUGUUCAUUCGCCACUCACACGGUUCUGGGUUCAUAUACGGUGCAGUCGGAGUUGGGCGAUCACGAUCCAGACGAGUAUGGCACAGAAUACGUCAGUGAGUUUCGUUUCGCGCCUCAUCAGACCAAAGAGAUGGAAGAGAAGAUCAUGGACCUGCACAAGAACUACAAAGGAAUGACACCAGCUGAAGCUGAAAUGCAUUUCCUGGAGAAUGUAAAGAAACUUUCAAUGUACGGAGUCGACCUCCAUCAUGCAAAGUUGAUAGGACGAUUCUUUCACUGCUUCUCUCCAGCUAAAGGAGAGGAUUCAGAGGGCGUGGAGAUCAUGUUGGGCGUGUGUUCCUCCGGCCUCCUCAUCUACCGCGACAGACUUCGCAUCAACCGCUUCGCCUGGCCCAAAGUCCUGAAGAUCUCCUACAAACGCAAUAACUUCUACAUCAAGAUCCGGCCGGGCGAGUUCGAACAGUUUGAAAGCACGAUCGGCUUUAAACUACCCAAUCACAGAGCAGCCAAGAGACUGUGGAAAGUGUGUGUGGAGCACCACACCUUCUUCAGGUUGGUUUCUCCAGAAACGCCACCUAAGAAGUUCAUCACGCUUGGUUCCAAGUUCCGCUACAGCGGCAGAACGCAGGCUCAGACGAGACGGGCCAGUUCUCAGAUAGUUCGUCCUGCACCGUAUUUCGAGCGGUCCUCCAGCAAACGUUACACAAUGUCUCGAAGUCUAGAUGGAGCUCAUCGGAGUUCCCCCAUGAACACAGCGACAGUCAAUGGUACUAGACCAACAGAGAUGGGCACAGCGUUGUACGGCACAGCUAAAGGAAUCGCUAUGAGUGACCUCAUCACCACAGUAACACCGGAGAAGAAAGCAGAAGAGACGUGUGAGGAGGAGCGAUCCGUGCUGCGACAGGAGAGUGUUGUUGUGCUGGAGGAAGAAGACGAGACGACGAAGGCUACUGAAGUUUCACUGCCGAGUCCACAAACACCUGCACUACAGGACACACGGACUGAUUUAACAGACACCGCUAUCGAUGGAGAUUUAACAGCCACUGAGUCGGAUCAAGAGGACGAAUCUGAGAUAAAGACGCAGCCCUCUUUCAUACGGCGGAUUAAAGGAGAGGAUGUGUUUAUCAGACACAGUAAUCUGAUGUUAGAGGAAAUUGAGCGUACACCAGAUGAGCCGCUCAAACAUCAGACCAACAUCAACGAGCUGAAGAGAUCGUUCCUGGAGGGCGGCACGGAUCGGACGGGCCUGACCGAGUGGGAGAAGCGUCUGUCCUCGUCUCCGCUACGAUCACCACGUCUGGACGAGGCGCCAAUGAUCGAGCCGCUCGUGCCAGACGAGGAAACAGCAGUAGAGAAGACACAGGUAGUGGCCGCAGCAGGAUCGGUGGCAGCGGACAGUCUGAAGGACAGCAGAGUUGAUGUGGAGUCUAAUGGAUGGGUCAUUAUAAACAAGGUUCCUCCUUUUGAACCAGAAACAGUGUCCACUGUCGAGCCAGAAAAGGUUCCAGAAAAAAUGGCUACUUUAGUACAGGAGAGGGUUCCUCCAAUUGUGUCAGGAAAAGUUUCCUCUAUUAUACCAGAGGAACUUCCUCCGAAAGUACUCGAGAAACUUCCAGCUGAAGUACCAGAAAAAGCUGCUACUAUUGUUCAAGAAAAAGUUCCUCCAGUUGAACCCGAAAAGGUUCCUCCCAUAGUUCCAGAAAAAGGCUCUACUCUUGUAGCAGAUGUUCUUCCUAAGGUACCACUCAAAAUUCCUCCUAAGGUACCAGAGAAGAAACACUCAGCCAGCUACAGAUUUGUGGCAGCCACUAGCGCUUCAGCCACCGGUGAUGCGUUAGAAGACCAGAAGAUCAAAGCUCCAGAAGAGGUCUCGAGUAAGUCAGCCGUUACGGCCAAGGAGUUGCGCGCCAAGGACUACGCCUUCACAAGAUCUUACGGCACUACCUCCAUUAAGACUGUCGCCAGAGACGACCCGCCGUCGCCCCAACCUGCAAAAUUCUCGGACCAACUCGGUGCCGCCACCGUCACAGUUGAGUAUCCAAUCGAAGGCACGAGCUCUGCAGAGAGCGUCGGUGCACCCGUAAUCACUGUCAAGGAGGUCAGGACACCAUCGCCCUCCGAGCCUGCGGUGGGCGUCCUGAGGACGGUCGUGGAGGCCGAUAGAGCAGAGUUGCAUCUGCUAACUGACCGAAGCACCCCAACAAUGCGAUCUCCACUUAGAUCUCCUCUCAGAUCUCAAAUCAGACCCGCUGCAGAGAUCGGGCUGAGCCCCAGCCUGUCCUAUCUCACCAAAACCUCUCCUACAGCCCGAGUGCCUAAGCCCAGUUUUGAUGAGAUGUCUCCUGAGCUCACAGCUCUCUUACAGUCCACACACGGCUGGGCGUCGUCCUCUCCGUCCACUCAGACUUUCACCUUCCAUAAGACAUCAGAGAGUCAAGAGAAGCAUCCAGGAAAAGGCCAGUCGGAAGAGGAGGAAGAGCAGCGUGCAGACAAACCGCUGGAGCAUCCACAGUCCGGAGACACAGACACACAGGAGAUGCCUGUGAUCCACACUGAGAUGAAGACCAUCACAUACGAGUCUCAGCAGGGUGAAACGGAUGGAGACACUGAACCUGGAAUUCUGAUGAGCGCUCAAACGAUUACAUCAGAAACCAGCUGCACCACCACCACCACACACAUCACGAAGAUGGUGAAGGGUGGCGUCUCAGAGACCAGAAUUGAGAAGAGAAUCGUGAUCUCAGGAGAUGCAGAUAUUGAUCACGAUGAGGCUCUGGCUCAGGCUAUUAAAGAAGCCAAAGAACAACAUCCAGACAUGUCAGUGACCAAAGUCGUGGUCCAUAAAGAGACGGAGAUCACACCGGAGGAGGGCGAGGAGUGACGCAGGUAAGACGAAAGCCAAUCAUAGCUUUGUUUGGCUUGGCUGACUGCGAGCUGAUUGGCUGCUUCACUGAGGCGGGUGGACCUGCUGUUCAAACAUGGUCGCUUUGGCUGUUCAUACCGUCCAUAAUGUAUCUGCAACUGCGAGGACAUCGAUGAUGUGCAGAUGCGGAUCAUUUUGGCCUGUUUGACUGAACUAGUGCUUUCUACAUUGUGUACUAAUAUUCACAUGUGCAGCCACCGAUGUUGUAGCGCAGUUUGUGGACAUUUUAGACGGUCCCUUACACGCCUAGGGUAAAUAUCUGUCCCUUAAACUAACUUUAUCCCGCGAGUUCAAUAUUUAGCUGUAAUCAACAAUAAAGCCACCCAUGGAUCUGUUGUGGCAUUAUGAGUGUUGCCAAAGAAACGUAUAUAUCCUGAUGUCCGUGGGCGAGAAUAUCCAAGUUGUCAUUUCAUAAUUAUGACACGAUGUAAACACAGAAUGAACCUCAGUCGACAGCAUUAGUGACCUUAUCUUUAAAUAGCACAAAUGUGUGUUCCAGUGAGACACUUAUAAUGUAAGUCAAUGGGGUUUAAUCUGUACUGACCUCAUCUGUGUGAAGAUAUAGACAAUAGGGAGCAAGGGAGCAUCCUAUAGCUCUCUAUAACUGUUCUGAGACCAGUGCAGACAGACAGCACACUGGAGGUUAAGUCAUGCACUAAAUAGGGAGCAAGGGAGCAUCCUAUAUCUCUCUAUAACUGUUCUGAGACCAGUGCAGACAGACAGCACACUGGAGGUUAAGUCAUGCACUAAAUAGGGAGCAAGGGAGCAUCCUAUAUCUCUCUAUAACUGUUCUGAGACCAGUGCAGACAGACAGCACACUGGAGGUUAAGUCAUUCAAUAAAUAGGGAUCAAGGGAGCAUCCUAUAUCUCUCUAUAACUGUUCUGAGACCAGUGCAGACAGACAGCACACUGGAGGUUAAGUCAUGCACUAAAUAGGGAGCAAGGGAGCAUCCUAUAUCUCUCUAUAACUGUUCUGAGACCAGUGCAGACAGACAGCACACUGGAGGUUAAGUCAUGCACUAAAUAGGGAGCAAGGGAGCAUCCUAUAUCUCUCUAUAACUGUUCUGAGACCAGUGCAGACAGACAGCACACUGGAGGUUAAGUCAUUCACUAAAUAGGGAGCAAGGGAGCAUCCUAUAUCUCUCUAUAACUGUUCUGAGACCAGUGCAGACAGACAGCACACUGGAGGUUAAGUCAUGCACUAAAUAGGGAGCAAGGGAGCAUCCUAUAUCUCUCUAUAACUGUUCUGAGAUCAGUGUAGAUAGACAGCACACUGGAGGUUAAGUCGUGCACUAAAUAGGGAGCAAGGGAGCAUCCUAUAGCUCUCCUAUAACUGUUCUGAGACCAGUGCAGACAGACAGCACACUGGAGGUUAAGUCAUGCACUAAAUAGGGAGCAAGGGAGCAUCCUAUAUCUCUCUAUAACUGUUCUGAGACCAGUGCAGACAGACAGCACACUGGAGGUUAAGUCAUGCACUAAAUAGGGAGCAAGGGAGCAUCCUAUAGCUCUCCUAUAACUGUUCUGAGACCAGUGCAGACAGACAGCACACUGGAGGUUAAGUCAUGCACUAAAUAGGGAGCAAGGGAGCAUCCUAUAUCUCUCUAUAACUGUUCUGAGACCAGUGCAGACAGACAGCACACUGGAGGUUAAGUCAUGCACUAAAUAGGGAGCAAGGGAGCAUCCUAUAUCUCUCUAUAACUGUUCUGAGACCAGUGCAGACAGACAGCACACUGGAGGUUAAGUCAUGCACUAAAUAGGGAGCAAGGGAGCAUCCUAUAUCUCUCUAUAACUGUUCUGAGACCAGUGCAGACAGACAGCACACUGGAGGUUAAGUCAUGCACUAAAUAGGGAGCAAGGGAGCAUCCUAUAGCUCUCCUAUAACUGUUCUGAGACCAGUGCAGACAGACAGCACACUGGAGGUUAAGUCAUGCACUAAAUAGGGAGCAAGGGAGCAUCCUACAGCUCUCUAUAACUGUUCUGAGACCAGUGCAGACAGACAGCACACUGGAGGUUAAGUCAUGCACUAAAUAGGGAGCAAGGGAGCAUCCUAUAGCUCUCCUAUAACUGUUCUGAGACCAGUGCAGACAGACAGCACACUGGAGGUUAAGUCAUGCACUAAAUAGGGAGCAAGGGAGCAUCCUAUAGUUCUACUAUAACUGUUCUGAGACCAGUGCAGACAGACAGCACACUGGAGGUUAAGUCAUGCACUAAAUAGGGAGCAAGGGAGCAUCCUAUAUCUCUCUAUAACUGUUCUGAGACCAGUGCAGACAGACAGCACACUGGAGGUUAAGUCAUGCACUAAAUAGGGAGCAAGGGAGCAUCCUAUAGUUCUCCUAUAACUGUUCUGAGACCAGUGCAGACAGACAGAACACUGGAGGUUAAGUCAUGCACUAAAUAGGGAGCAAGGGAGCAUCCUAUAGCUCUCCUAUAACUGUUCUGAGACCAGUGCAGACAGACAGCACACUGGAGGUUAAGUCGUGCACUAAAUAGGGAGCAAGGGAGCAUCCUAUAGUUCUCCUAUAACUGUUCUGAGACCAGUGCAGACAGACAGCACACUGGAGGUUAAGUCAUGCACUAAAUAGGGAGCAAGGGAGCAUCCUAUAUCUCUCCUAUAACUGUUCUGAGACCAGUGCAGACAGACAGCACACUGGAGGUUAAGUCAUGCACUAAAUAGGGAGCAAGGGAGCAUCCUAUAGCUCUCCUAUAACUGUUCUGAGACCAGUGCAGACAGACAGCACACUGGAGGUUAAGUCAUGCACUAAAUAGGGAGCAAGGGAGCAUCCUAUAGCUCUCUAUAACUGUUCUGAGACCAGUGCAGACAGACAGCACACUGGAGGUUGUCAUUCACUAAAUAGGGAGCAAGGGAGCAUCCUAUAUCUCUCUAUAACUGUUCUGAGACCAGUGCAGACAGACAGCACACUGGAGGUUGUCAUUCACUAAAUA